AUGCCCAAGGCCAGCAAAUCCGAUAACUACGUUGUCAACAUCGGUGCAUCAAGGAUCUCCCAGGAUACCUUCUUUUCCAUCCCUGAACUUCAACACCUCGUCACCGACUAUCUCACACAGAAUGAUCUUAGGGCCGCCAUCCGCGUCAGUCGUGCCUGGAAUACCAUUUGGGUUCCCUAUCUCUAUGAAAAGCUAUUCGUCCGUGAGUGCCAGCAGACUCGCAGCUAUUCCAAGGUGUAUUCGUACGGUCAUCAUGUCAAGAGUCUCGAGCUCCUCUCCAUCGAAUGGAACAAUCUUGUCUCCAUUCUCAACUUUACCACCAGCCUACACUCGCUCUUCCUCCACAACACAAAAUUGAGCACUUUGCAGCUUCAGGAACUCGCUGAGAUAGCACUACAGCUUCGAGUUCUGCAUAUCACCUUGGUACAACGCUCGCAAAAGCCAUUAGAGUGCCGGAUGACUCCUGUGUCUGCAUUCAAGCACCUGGAGGACUUUUACUGGAAUGCCCUGAUCAAUGUCCGCAUCGACGAUAUUCUUUUCGUGCUUAAAUCGUGCUCUCAUCUCAAGACACUGGCCUUGACAAUCAACACACUAGUCGAGGAACUUGGCGAAGCCAAAGUCGAGGAUAUUGACGGCAUUAAAGACAGCAGCUUGAUCGUCGAUGUUGUGCCAGAGUUGGUCAAAGUGGACGAUGCCGGCUGGGCAAGCACGUCACUCCGAACGUUGAGCUGGGACAAUGAAGGUCAAAAUCAUUGGUGA